AAGCAGGAGAAAAAAAAAUAAUCUUGGGAUGGGUUGUUUGAGCAAAAACUCCUACAGUACGUCAACUGGCGAUAUUUCAACGCAAGACAGUUGACAAAAACCGCGCGCUUCCAUUCCAUCCAAGUGGAGCACAUAUUCGCAACCACCGCAGCUUCCACCACCAUACCAUACCAUUUCUCCUCUGCUUCGUCGUCCCAACCCAACCAUCACCAUCACUAAUUAAGCUAUUACUACUACUACUAAUCGGCUAAUCGCCGUGUGCUGGAGGUCAUCAUCUCCCCCAACUCCUCUGCCUCUCGAUCGACCGCCAGGGAGCAAGAGGCCGGCCCGGCCACCCACCCAUAGCCUGCCUGGUAGCCAUGGACCGGUCCAAGUCGUACGCGGGCGGGCGCAUGCAGAUCGAGCCGUACUACGGCGGCGGCGGCGCGCGGCCGGACUUCCGGUCCUACUCGUACAGCGCCGGCGGGGGCGGGAUGGGGACGUCGUCCUACUCCUCCUCCUCCUACUCGUACCAGUACGAGUACGGCGGCCCUGCGGCGGGGGCGGCGGCGGGGGAGGAGGUGAAGCGGAGCAAGUCGAAGCGGCGGUGGCUGGCGCUGGCGGACCCGGACAUGGAUCGCAAGCGCCGGGUGGCGGCGUACAAGGCGUACGGCGUGGAGGGCAAGGUGAAGGGCUCCUUCCGCAAGAGCUUCAAGUGGAUCAAGGACCGCUACCUCAACCUCGUCUACGGAUGGUCCUGAUGAUGAUACUCCAUGGGUUUUUUUUUGGGGGGGCUCUGCCUCCUCUGUCCUCUCUCUUCUUUUUCAUGCUUGCAGUUGUUGCUUCAUACUCCGUAUAUAUAUCAUCAUGGAUUCAUGGUGAGUACAUACAGUAUAUAUAUAAUCAUGUUGAUCAUGCAUGUUAUAAGAGAAAAAAAAAUGUAUACGCUUUCGAUUUUCUUUCUACUUUUGGUGGUACAUGUUGUUCUUGAUGAUCUGACACAAAUAAUCAAGGGGUUGUUUCAAAUCAAAUUUGUAAAGCCAACACAAAAGUAACAAAAGUGUUCGAUGAGAUGUAAGCCAAGGGGUUGUUUCAAAUCAAAUUUG